CGAAAAAUCAUGUCUUACCUCCCCUUCCCACUUGUUCCCUUGUCAUCUAGGGAACCUGACUCCAGCCCUGAAGAGAACACCUUUCUGUAUGCGCUCCCGGACGACUCGACUCACCAGCUGCUUCAGGCCCACGAUGACUGCUGCCAUCUUCAGGAGCAGCCUGCUGCCCUCUGCCAGUCGGGGACAAGGCAUGCAUCUGAAAGCCCGAGGCGGGAAGGAUUGUGGGAUUCUCCAUUUCAUCCAGGGCCACCUUGCUGCCUGGGCCUUGUGCCAGUCGAAGAGGUGGAUAGCCCUCACUCCUUGCAAGUGAGGGGAGGAGAAUGGUGUCCUCACCACCCCCCAGGCACCUAUUUAGGACCAGACCCUGGAAGGAAACCCUCACCCAGCCCACCGAUCCAUGUGUCUUUUGAGACUCCACCUCCCACAAUUUAGACUGAAGCCACUUCCCUUAAAAAGACUAUAUUGUUUUUAAAAGAGACAGAGAAAAAUGGGUAUUUAUUUUUCUAUUACAGCCAUAUUUAUAUAUUUAUGCACUUGUAAAUAAAUGUAUAUGUUCCUUAACAUACCGGAGAGACAUAUGGAAUCCCAUCCAGUAAGGUGUACCAGGCUGAAAAUAUAAAGCCGCAGUUUGAGAAAAAAAACAAGCAGGAGAGAUUGUCAUCGGACACAUUCUGACUUGGAACAGAAGUAACCUUUUAUUUCCAACUUCUGCAACUACCUGGGAUGGUGCCGAGUGCCCAUUAGGAGAGAAGGAAAACACAUCUUAGGUACAUCCUCUGUGAGAGCUGAACAUAGUGGAUCACAUCGCAGACUGGGGGGAGAAACCUAACUCGACAGAUCGGCUGAAUUUGGUACCACAGGAAGUGAUUUUUUUUUUCAUGGUAUGACCAGGAGAACAGACUAAAAUGUGUACAGUACUUUAUAAGCAUUAACAAACCUUCCAGAUUCAAUAAUCUGUGGCAACAUAACUCUGUAAAAACAAACGCUGUAACUUCUAAAUAAAUGUUUAGUCUUCUCUCUAA